AUGGGCUCUUGCGCGUCAAACAAGCCAACGGACGGCCAAACUCCCACAAGGAGGAGAGACCGAGAUUCCCAGCAGCUUAGCGCAACCCCCCUCGACACACCAUCGUCCACCGCCAACACGGACCACGAUGCCGACGCCCGGUUAUCCACCCUGGGACUCGCCGUCCUGACAUACAGCUCCGUCACGGCCGUGUACCGCUCGAGGGACGACCCCUCGGCCGUGGCCUUCGUGGUCAUCGCCUACGCCGACCUCCUGCUCCUGCUGCGCUGCGUUCGGUGCUUGGAGGGAGGCACCGCGGCGGACCGGCCACGGCUGAAGGCCGCAGUAUGGUGUCUCGCCACGCUCCUCACCCUGAUGUUCUCCUGCAAGGUGGCGGCCAUCAUGCCGCGGCCCGUGGCGGUCAUGGUGUGGAGCAUGGCGGCUGCGGUCUGCCUCGGCGGCUUCUGGGCUUUGUUCCUCUGCCAGGAGCCGUCCUCACAACGCAUCGCAAAAUAAUAGCACACGUUCCGUGUGAUUGCUUCCUCCCAUGGAUGCUGUGUACGACAUAUGUUGCAUCAAAUAAAGACUCUCUUUUUCUCAGGCA